AUGUCAACAGCCGUCGAAUCCAUAGACAAAGCACCUCAAGAAUCCACCCAAAAUGUACCUUCGGUCGAUGCCCUAGCGGACGCCUUAGAGGAGACUGCUCUUCAAGGCGACGCGGGAGACACGCAAGUCGUUGCUAAAGCCGAAGGCCCGGAAACCCGUUCCCGUAUCGUCUAUACUCGAAAACAUCUCAUUCAUCUAAGCCAGUCUCCUCUUGUCAAAGUUCCUGAUGGAAUGCCCGCAUUCAAGUCUUGGUUUGGGGACUGGAACGAACAGUCCCUGCAGGCAAAGAAAGAGUCAGAAAGCCUUAAUGUCAAUGGCGCGCCGAGGGACAGAAGAUAUAGACGAGAAGCCGAAGAUGGAGAUGGCUCUUCCAGGCCGCCAUUCCGUUCUGCACUUUCCCAACCGUCUCAGAUGGGCAAUUUCAAGCAUCAGCCUUUACGUGCCAGUGACAGAGACCGUGAUACAGAAAGGGAUCUACGUUCGUUGUCGGACAGGUAUGACCGUGACAGAGCGACUCGCGGGGACCGUAUGGGAGUACCGUCACACUCAACGCUAUUGCGAAACCGCGAUCGGGAUUCAGCACCUCACCUAGUCUCAGAUCGCGAUGCACAGCGCCUAGCGGUCAGGAAACGCAACGGAGAAAGUAAAGAGGACUGGCGGCGUGGUGCAGAGCCUCCUCGUGCAGGACGCGACGAAAAUAACUCUCGACGUGAGCGUGAUGACCGUGAGCGGCAACGGUCCCGUGCGCGCGAUAGUUCAAGGCCACGCGACAGUCCUCCAUCAGGGAGAAGAGACCGAGAUAGAGAUCGAUUCAAUGAGACCGAUGAGGAUCCGAAGAGAUGGCGUGAAGAAGGAAAACGAGAUGACAGACUUCAGUCCCGACGCGCUGGGCGGGAAAAAGGUGACCUUGUUGAAGAUCGUGAGAGCUGGAGUACUGCAGAUGAUAAGAAACGAGGUGCACGCGACCGCAGGUACGACGAUGUUCGGGACAAGGAGGAUAAGAAAGAGCGAGAGAAGGAAAAAGAGCCUGCGUGGAUGGAGACGUACAUUCCUCCGACUGCGUCAUCAACUGGCAUUCUUGGAGGCAAGGGCGGAGAGGGUGAGAUGGAUAGUAUUCAAGCAUGGAAGAAAGACAUGAAGGAACGCGAAAUGAAAGCGAAAGGUCUUGCAUCUGACCAGUCUGCUUCCGCAUCGUCUGCGUCACAAGAUGCAGCCGGUGGUCCUGAAAAGACGAAGACAACCGGUACAGCUUCAGAAGGUCAAUUAGAUGAAAUUCAACUCUUCAAGCUCAUGAUGAAGAAGGAAGAGCAGAAGCGAUCUGCAAGUGGAGAAAGUAAGAAUACCUCUGAUGGUGGCCCAUUAGUCUCCGGUGCAGGUCUACGAGUAUCAGAAACUGGUCUGCCUGGGCCAGUGAAGCUAGCAGAAGGCCAAGCUGGUACCGGCACGUCUGGCACUGACCGACCUGGUUCUUUAAAUGCUGUCAAUCCAGAAACUGGUCUCUCAGGCGUUAUUGACCCGUUGCUUGCAUCGAAAUCGGCUAUAUCCCUGAAGACAACUAUUUCUGCAAAUCCCUCGGUACCUUCGCCGUCGUCUCUGCCUGGUCUGGGAGCUCCGUCGAAUCCUACAAGCAAUGCGCAUACCCCAACAAGCGUAAGGCCCGAGAAUAACGGGCCUCGUUUACUGUCCUUGAAAACACCCGAUUCGGCCACUUUCCAUGGUGACCUUGCGAAUAAAGAUGCCCCUUCAUCUGCUACAGUGUUUGAGCCUCCUCGCCAGUCGCGUCUUUUGGCUUUCGGCGCUCAAAAUACCAAAGCCCCAGCCCAACCCAGUCCUCAGAGUGCAGCGGCAGCAGUGCAGAUGGGGCGUUUGCAACAAAUGGACCCCCUCGGGCCGAACCAAAGACGGCCAUCUGCUUCUCCGGCCAUGCCUCUCUCGGCCUCACAGCAGACCGCAAUUGACAGGGCGAAUUUGCAGCAGCAACUCCUCGCCAGUGGCCAAUUAGACAUGAACAUAGCUGAACACGUCUCUCGCCGUUCUGUCCCCGAAUCUGCAGGUCAUAAUCCUCUCGCCUUUGACAAUGCAACCCGGUCAGUCGGCCUUAUGGAAGUUAACAAGGAAUUUCAUAAUGGCGACGCUUUACGAUCGUCUGUCCCUCUCAGUGCUUCCGAACGAGGUGCAUUCUCCUCCCAGGCGGACUCCUUACUUCAUCUAUCUGACGUUCGACGAAAUCUGACACCGCCGACUGCUUCCUAUGGCGUCACGUCACCGAUAUCGCCGUUCGAAAGCCAGAUGAAUGGUGGUCAAACUACGUACUCCUCCGGAAAAGGGAGUCGUAUGGCGAAACACUUCGAAAAGCAGAGAGAUCCAGUUAUGAAUGUCGGUCGUAACGUACCCAAUGUUGGGAUGGGGACGAAUAGCAUGGCUCCGAAUCGUCAGGAGCAGCAGACUUUGAAUACCCAGGCUGGUUCUGGCGAAAAUCGCAAUAUACAGGAUCUUUUAACUAUGCUCAACAACUCCGCACAGGCACAACGCGGGCAGCUGAAUCCGAUACUGGGCAAUCACCAAUCUCAAUCUCUUCAUAUAAGUUCUCUUAAUAAUUCGCUGUCUCGGCACGACCUAUUGCUUGAUCCUGAUGAAGGUCGAUUCGCACCAGAUGGCCUAGUUCCGGGCUUACGUCCGGCCACCCUUCCCGGUCCUCGCAACAGAGAAGUAAACAAUGGAAGUCUUUAUGCUAGUCAGCUUGAGGACCCUCUUGCCUUCAAUGCACGGCUUGGUCCUCAGCAACGCGGUGGCGUAGAGCAGUUAUUCGCCAGUCAGCUUCCGACACAGUUCAAUGGACAAGGCAUGAACGGUGGUCGCGGCAGCGGCAUUCCUUUCCAGCAGCAGGCGAUGCGAAAUGGACCAUCUCCCAUUAAUAAUUUCAAUCCUAUACAGGGACCACCUCAGCAGCGUCUUCCCCCUGGCCUUGCGAAUCUCGGCGGCCGUCCCCCUCAUGAGCCCUCUCAAUUCAUUGGUGGUGGUGGUGGUGGAAAUUUCGGUGGAGUACCUUCACAGAUUCCUGCAGGCUUGCAACACGCAAACAACCCACAGUCUUUCAAUCAAUUCCAGAACCCAAACCUGGGCCUCCUUGGUAAUCAAGGUCACCUCCGUGGUCAGCCUGGAUUUGCCCAGUUGGGAAACACAGUUGGUAAUAAUCUCAAUGGUAUGGAUUUCCGUGGCGGACCCGGAGGACCUCCACAGAACCAGAUGCUUGGACUAGGUGGACCCAAUCUUGGGCAAGCAAUGCGUGGCGGGCCGGGCUUCAACGCCCAGCAAUUGCUUGGACCGAAUCAACUGCCUCCAUCGAUAAACGUCCGUCAACAGCAAAAUAUGCAACCUCAGAUGCUCCAACAAAUGCUUCCUCAGCACUUGCAAAGCGUCCCUCAAAACCAGCACAAUCCGACUGACCUGAUGGCGCUUCUCAUGGGUGGUGCUCACCGAGAAUAGUGGGUUUUCUUUGGUUUCAUAGCCGAGUAACCCAAUUUCUUCUCACUGUCAUGACCGUAAACGUUCGCAAAAGAGAGAUUCUGCAUUGAUGUUUCUGUUUCAUAUUGAUAUUGCUGCAUCCGUCAUUUUGAGCCAGUACAUUCCUCUUCAUUCUCCUGAUAAUUCUCUGUUCCUUUUCUCACGUCUUUUUCCUUGAAGCUAUCUGUAUUAAAAAGUUUCAACAUACACAUCGUUUUUCCGUUU